GGCGGAAGUGAACUGUCACUCGCCCGGAAGCUGGGUGUGUGUCACGAGAAAUGUGUGCCUCGUUUUGAAGUAAAAAAAAAAAAAAAAAGAAGAAAAAGAAAAAAAGACCACAACAACUGUGCGCGCAAUGACCGUCGGGCGAGCUGAAGAGAGAGUGUAGGCUUUGGGAUUUGAGCGUCCCAAUGGCGGUGAACUGGGCCGACAGGGUCUCCGCCUUCUCCCGCAGUCCGUCUCGCUUCCUCUCGGGGACAACGGCCGAGGCGUUCCUGGCGGAGCUGCUCCGCGAGCUGCGAGACGACAGAGCCAGUGACAGUGUCAAGGUCCUCCUGGUGUCCCCGCUAUGCGAGCACCCGACUCUGCUGUGCCCCUCAGACUCUGAGGGUGAGGAGACGGCCCUGGAGCUCAUGUCGGUGUUCGCCCAGUGCCCGGCCAAAUCUGUGCAGCUCCGUUGUCACCUCCUCCUGGCCCUUGCCUCCGUGCUCGUGUGCUCCUCCUGCGUCAGCGUCCGUUCCCCGGCAUCUCGAGAUUUCCUGGACCUGCUCCUUCAGGUGUCCCAGGACACCGGGGACCUCCACGGUGACGGUGCCCUUCUUUCUCUCCGGGCCACAGCUUGUGACUGUUUGCGGGAGCUGGAAGCCUGCUCUCCCGGUCUCCUCUCCCAGCACCUCGAGCUCUUUGGCGGGCUCAGGCAGCGAGAAUCCUCCAGGUUCCACCAGGCCUACGCGGGACUUCACAGCCUGGUGCUGAGGAAUGCUGUGUAUCAGCUCACCCAGGAAACGGGAGCUGGUGCCGAGCAACUUAAAGCUCUUCUGGGGGGGAAUACAUCAGUUGCAUGGGAAGCGGACCAGGACUCAGGCCCGACAAAUAACACAGACUCGACCGUAUUGUCUUCUCUCAUCCUGGGGCCCAUGGGCACGGUGCCGUCCCUUCAGACGGGGCCCGACUGUAAGGAGCUGCGUUCAAUUCUGUCCUCCCUCCUGGAGGAGUCCUACCUGCUCACCCCUCUGUGUCAGGCUGCACUGCUGCAUAGACUGACGGAGGUGGUUGCCAUGGUGCCUGGUGUCCCUCCUGCCAUAUUCAGAGCUCAGCUGCUGCGGUUGCUGGGCACAAGCAAGGUCUGUCUCCUCCACACCACUCUGCUGAUGAAGUGUGCGUUCACAGACAGCCUGUUCAGCGCCGAAGACGAGGCGUUCAUCGUCAAGCGGCUGGUCGCACUCUCCCAGCACCCACUGCUGACUGACCCCGAGAAGCUGUUCUACAUGGACUGCAUCCUGCACUUUCCGGAGAACCGUCCGAUCGGCUGCGGCGACGGGGACGAGACGCUCCCCGUGCUGCUCACCCCCCGGCUGGCCGCGGCUCUCCUGCCCACCGUGUUCAAUGACAGCGCCACCAUGCUGGCCCGGCUCAACCUGCUGUCUCUGGUCUACCUGGAGGAGGGGGAGGAAGGGGAGGGGGGUGAGGGCAGGGGGCUGGCCUACCUCUACGAACACCUAAUGUCGCUGCUGCGCAUCGUGGAGAGCGGAGGCAGCAGAGAGACGGUCGUCGCCUUCUUCAGGGCUUCCUUCCUCUUCCUUUGGCACUUCUACCACAUGGAGUGCUACACGAGCAGCCUGGUGGAGAAGCUGUGCGAGCUCUACCUCCGCCACAGCCAGCUGGCGCCGCACCUCAUCGGCCUCGCCGACCACACCCAGGACAGGCUGUGCGAGUCCAACUGGGCUGAGGGGCUCCUGAAAGCCCUGCAGAGAGUCAUCACCGACGUCCCACUCGCCCAGCUCACCUCGCAAGACCUCCGCUCGCACCUCAAGACGCUGGCACGAGUGGCGGAGGAAGGAAAAAUCGCCCAGCGCAGCACCCUCCACUUUCUGUCCAGCAUCAUCGCUCCAUCCUCCUCGCUGUGCGUGAGCGGCGACUGGCGUCUGGGGAACUCCGUGUUGGCGGUUUGCCGUCGUUUACUCGUUCAUCCCAGCCUGGACUCGCUGCUCGUCCCUCUGGCCGACAUCCUGCAGCAUCUCGCCUGCCGCUACGGCGACACCGACGUCCAGGACCACGCCCGUCUUUACUACGCCCUCCUCACAACGCUGUCCCAGGAGAAGCUGGCCGGGGUGUUGGCGCAGGGCGCAACGGAGGGAGGGCGGCAGGUCAAGAAGCGAUCCCUGUCGAGCAUCGUGGCUGACAGCGAGGGGCUGACGAGCAUGCUGACCAUUCACCAGACGGAGAGGGCGAUAUUCAGCGUGGUCGAGAUGAAUCCUGAGUUACGACGAGACACGCAAGCAGACAAAGAAAGCGACCUGAACCAGAGCGAGGCAGGCGAAUGCCCAGAUGAGGCGAGCGCUGCACUGGAAGCCUACAGAAGUCAGUUUGACGACCCUGACUUUGCCUCUGAAAUCACCUUGAGCUACCAACUGGCCCACGCUCAGGAUCCAGACCCGCGCUUCGACCAGCUCUUCAGUAUUCGCCUGCACUUCAGCCUCACCGACGACCACUACGAGGCACUGAGUGACAUCAGCGUCCCGUGCCUCUUCAGAGAGAGGCCGCCGCCAGCGGUGCAGCUGAGGCUAAAGCCCAGACGGCCCCACCCGACCACCCUCCGAGCCAGCGCCAUUUUUACCACCCAAGAUGGGCUCUCCUGGCACACCGUCCUUCCUGCCAUCCGUGUGGCCUUCCAGCAGGCCUUCAUGCCCCUGCCCGCUCCCCCGGCCUGGAGGAGAGGCGGCAAACUGAACCUGUUCGAGGGAUUGUGGGAUGAAUUGUGCUCGGAGAGUGGGGAAUGCGCUGCCAGCCUGUUCUGCUGCCAGCUGAAGGAGGCGGCCCUGAUCGGCUUGGUGGAGAAGCACUUCCUCCCCUACCUCAUUUCAGACUGGUCCCGCAAAGAAGAGUUCAAAGUGCUCUUCUUCCUCCCGCCACAGUCUCACGUGCUGCUGAAAAUCCGGUCGGAGGAAGACGCCGUGCACUUCGACGUCGCCACAGACAACUGGCAGCUUUUGUCGCACAUAAGCUCGUAUCUACUGACAAUCACAUCCUCGCAGGAAGACACGCACAGCUGACCCCAGUGCAUCUCAUUGGCUCCUUUUUAAUCCAAAACAUUUAUUUGGCUUUUAACAAAAUCAUGUGAUUUUUUUUGUCAGCACUUUAGUUGUUUCAAUUCAGUUGAUUUAAAAUAAACUUAUUGCACUUUAA